UUCAUCAUUUACUGUUCAUUGUAGUGUUAUUUUCAGUUUGUUUAUUUUGUCCACCCUCCAAGAUAAGAACUGCAAGAGACAUAGUUUCUGUAAUAGCCACUGCUGUAAAAACACUGAAGACUACUUGUUUGCCAAAACCAAAGCCAAACCAAAAGAACUGCAAAAAAACAUACCAAAAAGUCACCCAGUUGAAUAGGAAACCUGCUCACCGUAGUAUUCCAGAUCAAGAUUCACAGAACAGGAUCCCUGCUAGCUGUGUGUUUCACUGCUUUCUCUGCUGCCUGGAAAUGGACUGAAAAACUCCUAAAGGAUCUCUUAUUCCAUGAAAGAAUUUAUGUCAAGAGGAAAUCAGAGAAGCCUAAGAAACAAUACUCGCCUUUUGUGGAUCUUAGAGCUACAAGUGACCAUCUGUAACUUCUGAAACAUUCAGGAAAGAAAGAAAAAAAGGAGAGCUGUCUUUGCUGUUGCACAGACUUUAGUCAUGGACCUGCAUGAACAACUGGAGAAUACUGAGAGGAACUGGAAUAAAGAAAAAAUGGAAUUGCUGGAGAGAUUUGACAAUGAAAGGAAAGAAUGGGAAUGUCAAUGGAAGCUCAUGCAGAAGAAAAUAGAAGAGCUUUACCAGGAGGUAAAACUUAGAAGGGAGAGCAAUAUGACCGUCCAUGAUAGCAAGGCCAUUCAGAGCAAGAUGCUGCAGCUGUCCAUGCAUUGCCCUACUUUGCAAGAGAGUGACACAGCAGAGCUGAACCAUCAACACAAUGUGGCAAAGGACAGAAUGGAGAAAGGGAGCCUGCUUGGUGUAACAGGACACGAAUGGAAGGAGCCCAGAAACAAGAGCAGAAACAAUAUUCUGUUAGUGGACAAUCUGGCCUUUGAGAACCACGAAGAACCUGAAGACAGCCUCACCAUUAAAACCUCUGAGCAGAAUACAAAGAAUUAUAUUGGUGAUCUCAAUGUAGCUCUUAAAGAACUUGCCAGAGUCAGUGAAGAAUUAUGCAGCUAUCAAGAGGAAAUUCGAAAGAAGUCCAAUCACAGAAGAAUGAAGUCACUUCCUUUCCUGGGGGAAUUUGAGGAAACCCAAAAGACAGUUAUCCUGCCUGAGAUGAACCAUGUGUCCAGCAAUGAAUCACAGACUUCGGUUGCUUUUGAAACAGAGGAACAUAAUAAUAGGAAGAAUCUGAUGAGCUCCACCGGGGCUUUGAAGGACAUUUCUUAUGGUAGUUUUACUGGUGACAUAGGAACAGAUUUCAGACCUUGGCAGAAGAAAGAAGCUCCACCAGUUCCUCCACGGAGCACUUCUCGGCACCUAACAAACUCACUUUCUGCAGUCAUACAGCUUUCAGAAGCACCCAUAAGAGAUCCAGGCAUCAAAAGCAAUUGCAAGGCUCAGGAUUGUUGGAAUGGGGGGAAGCUGAGGAAUCCUUCACCUGUAAACAAAAAUAAAUCUGCAGUAGCCUGUGCAAAUAAAGGGCAGGCUGUGAAAGUCCCUGUAAUGGUAACUGCUGCAAUACCUGUAACCAAAAAUGAGUGCAAUGUUCCAACAAAUUUCUGCCACAACACAUGGGCAUAUGAUAUGGGCAAGCUUGGAAAAGACAAUAAAAAUGAGCCUUCCCCACUGUCAGCCCAAAAGAGCUGUUCAGAUGGAAAUAUGGCCCAAAGCAACAAGAUGCAUCAGAAACAAAACACAAAGUCUCACAGCAGCCCUUUUUACAGCAAUGACUUUUAUGCCCCUGCUACCUCACACAAUGAUCUUUUGGAAGACACCAGGUAUCCUUUAGGAAAGACUCAAAGAAAUGAAACGCUAGCAGCAAAGAUUGAUGAGUUUAAUCGCACUGUAUUUCACACAGAUAAACGUAACAAUGCUCUGCAGGAAAAUCAGGUGCCUCAAACAUCCUCAGAAGAUCACAAACCCUGCGAUCCACCGUGUGACUCUGCUGCUAGCAGGGCAGAAACUGUAAAUACGCCUUGUGUUUCAAAUCCCAAGCUCUCUGCAGCAAAGGAGCAAGAAACUAACAACACCAGCAAAGCUGUCAGGACAGCAGGGCAGCAAAAACACAUGAAUGGACUUCCAAGUACCAGUGGUUAUAGGCACAUGCUUCACGAGCAUGACUGGAGACCAAGUAAUUUAUCCGGCCGCCCGCGCUCAGCUGACUCAAGGUCCAACUAUGGUGUUGUUGAAAAGCUUUUGAAAACCUAUGAAAAAUCAACUGUGACUUCUCCGUGUAAUGCAAAAUGCUGCAAAGAUAAGAGGACACAGGCAAAUUCUGAAUUCACCAAUGGGGGUUGCGAGGCACUGAGUCAGUAUUUAGAAAUGCUCCAGAUUGAGCAAGAAAAACAAGACUUUCCGAGGAAUUCAGCCAGGCAUAUUGGGCAGCAACUCAAGCAAGGAAAAGAGAGGCAGAAGUUACCAGAGAUAUGUGUGCCAGUGAAAUGUUCCAGUGAGAAGGGCUUCUCCCGUCCCGCUCGGCCGGCAAAUCGACGCCUACCUUCCAGAUGGGCAUCCAGAUCCCCAUCAGCACCACCUGCUGUGAGAAGAACAGUGUACAACUCUGUCUCCUUUCGGUCAGAGACCUCAGUAGUCUGAACCCAGAGCUGGGUUGGAUGGUGUUGUGAAAGCUCUCUGCCUCACUAUGACUGUGUUUGGUAUGUGUCGUAGCAACCAGCUCCACACUGUUGUGUUUUGUCCAAGAGUGACCCCCACCACAUGCUGGACAAAGCAUUCUGAAUCUUAGGUCAUCAUCACCAUGGUCUUCAGUGUUUUUAUUGAGAUGAAAUAGAGAUAUCCCUGGUUUUCUCUGGUUUUGGGGUUUUUUUUUAAUAGUUCACAAGGAAUUUCUUUUGAAUGGCAUCUUUCUUAAUUUGUUGAUCAAUUUUGAGUUGAAACAAUGUAUAGUGCUGUAUAUUCUGACUUUUCUGCAAACAGCAGAACGUAAAGCUGUAUGCAUGAUCAUGUGUUUGUAGGUGCAUGUGUUGGACUAGGAAGUAUACUGGCCUGUAUUUAGAAGAGACAAACUGUGCUAGUGUUGACAUUGAAAUUACAACCUAUAUGCCUACAUAUAUAUAUAUAAAUAUACUUUGUGUUUAUUUUAAAAAGUUUGAAAUAUACAGUCCCAAUGACAUUUAUAUUUUAUAUAUCUUUUACAUAGGUUCACAGGUGUAGUAUUUAAUGUAAAAAAACUAAAUAUGCAUUUUUUGUGACUGAUCGCAGUGAUAAUGCCUUGCACAAUAUGUAUCUGAAGCAGACUAGCUUGACUGAUUUGUCAGUCAUGCUUCAUGGCAUCCUCGUUCAGUUUCCUAACCCUAAUGCUAGGUCAAAAUUCCUAAACGUAUUUUUUCUGAAUUAAAAUACUAUAUGAUUUGUAAUACAUUAGCCUUUUUCAGCACCAGAGACAUUUCUGAAAUGUUCCAAACCCUUUACAAAGCUUAUAUGUGCCAUUAUAUAUAUAGCAUACUGUAAACACUUUGGUAGAUUCAGCUACUCUAACAUACAAUUUAUGAAGGGAAGAAAAGAGUUGUAUAUGCUCAAUUCUGUAAAGCUUAUUUUUCCUUCUAGCAUUAUACUUUGAGGUUUGGCAAAGUCAGAUAUCAAUGGACUUGUUUACUUUCACUCAAGGCAGGAGAACAAGCACCACUGCUCCCAGUGCUGUAGCCACUCUCCUUUUUUACUCUUCUCCUAGACUAGAGUGCCUGAGCCACUUGCUCAUUCCCUGCUCCUGGACUGACUCGUGGAAGUCAGUUAUGAAGUUUACUUGCACUCUGGCAACAAGCUGCAUCUAAUAGGGAAAUAUUGCAUCCAGAUAUGAUCACGAUGGUGCCCGAAAUCCUGACACAUGGCAUUGCGACUCUGGUGUUGCCACCACUCGACUUGGUAUUGUUUGCCAUCUGAAUGACAUGCACAGAGCCUGGCUUGUUCCUUCUCACAGAGUGAAAGAGGUAUGGAUGCUGUCCAGGCUCUGAACUUCCAGAAAGACAGUGUCCUUCAUCCUGGAAUUUUUGCACCUUUCGUUAGGCUGUUGCUGGGUACACAGUGCAGUUAUGAUGAUAAAUGUUACCUUUAAACAGCAUGUCUAGGUCAGAAGGAGUAAAAAGGCACUUCUUCAACAUCAGCCUGAUUUUGUCUGGCAACUUUUCUUCUUCUUCUGGAGAAACAUAGUGUGUUCAAAGAAAUUUCAAAAAUCAUCCCGGGAUCCAUUAAUGUGCACAUCUUCUUAUGUGAAUGUAAAAAGGAUUUCAGAGAGAGUAUAGGCUUUUGUCCUAGUGAAUUGUAUAUGUGGCAAUAUAGGGAAAAUUUAAUGUGCUUAAUUUGUAGUGAUCUGUUGAUCUAUUCCAGUCAUGUUGAGAAUUCACACUUUUUUCCUUCCUUUAAGGACCUUAUUCUUCUUUCCUCUGCACAACUUUGUUUUUGAAAAGAGAAAAAACAGAAGGCCCUGUGUUCUGAGCAAUAGGCUGUGUGGUAGUAUUGGUAGCAGUUCAGGCUUGCGAAUAUUGGAGUGAGCAGGCAUUAGAGCCAUAAAUCCCAAUUUAUCAUGCCAUUGUGGCUGUCUGUUUGGCUAAAAAUACACUCAGAAUAAUUUGCUCUAUCUAAACUUCUGGUCCUUUCUAGGUCUGUCCCACAAUACAUGAAGAUUUCAAGCAAAUCAGGAAUUCAUCAAAACUUACUCAGACAUUAUUGCAAAGUUAUUGCUGGAAAAGAUACAAGGACAGAAAAUCUUGAAGAAAAUUCAUACAGUUUAGACAGAGACAAAAAUCUGUGUGCUCAAGGGAAAAAUCAAGGGUUCUAUAAAUUUGACUGCCCUAAUUUCGAAAUUUCUCUCCAUUAGCUUCCUAGCACUAGAAAAGUUAGACAUGAUUCAUGGUAAAUUUGGAAAAUGGUUUAAUAUUCUGUCUAACUAUGGAAAUUAACAAACCAAGAUACCUUGCAAAUUGACCUUUUAAAUGCCUAAACAGCUGACCAGCUUUGAAUGCCUAAUGCUGGGGAAAGGGUAAUAUGAGAGAAUUGUAAAAAAAUGUGGUUCUUAACUUCAGUCACUGUUGACUGCAAAAACACUUGUUUAAACUACCUUUAUGGUGAAGUUAAGCAGUUUUGUUCUGAGAAAUUGUGAUGCACUUUUGUUUGAAGUAUGUAAAUCCAAAAGCAUUUCCCUUGAUUAGUCAGUGAAGGUGUUUCUUUAGUUCCCUUCAGUUUCUUUGGUUGACUUUUACAUAGACCACAUUGUUGAAUCACAGAGAAAGGAUCAAAUACCAACAACAUUCCCUGAUGUAUGUAAGUUAAAUGAACAGAAGGUUUUUGAAAUAAACGAAUAGGUCAAGGAUGA